GAACAUUGCCAAGGAUGCAGAAGGAACUGAAGAUGAUCAAAGAUGAGGAUGUGCAUUUCAACCUGGGUGUGAAGCGGGCCCCCUCUUUCCCCCACUGCCUGCAGCCAGUGGUUUCCCGAGGGAAGGCUCCCCAAAGACACCCCUUCCCAGAAGCUCUCAGGGGGCCCUUCUCCCAGUUCCGGUACGAACCUCCUCCCGGAGACCUGGAUGGCUUCCCGGGGGUCUUUGAAGGAGGAGGGUCCCGGAAACGGAAGAGCGUGCCCACCAAGAUGCCCUAUACCCACCCCUCGGACGAAGCCGCCCUGGCCCUCCACCCCGAGGACAGCAAACUCCACGGCCACCCCAACUUCCCUCUGCUGUUCCCGCAGCCCCCGCGCCCCAAAUACGACUCGCAGAUGAUCGACCUGUGCAACGUGGGCUUCCAGUUCUACCGCACCCUGGAGCACCUGGGGGGCAAGCGCGUCAAGCAGGAGCCGGUGAAGCCCAGCGCCGUGUGGCCGCAGCCCGCGCCCGCGCCCGCGCCCUUCCUGCCCGCGCCCUACCCCUACUACCCCAAGGUGCCCCCGGGCCUCGUGUUCCCCUUCUUCGUGCCCGCGGCCUCCCCGUUCCCCUUCAGCCGGCACACCUUCCUGCCCAAGCAGCCCCCCGACCCGCUGCUGCCCCGCAAGGCGGAGCCCCCGGAGAGCGAGGAGGCCAAGCAGAAGGUGGAGCGCAUGGACGUGAACGUGCAGAUCGACGACAGCUACUACGUGGACGUGGGCGGGGCGCAGAAGCGCUGGCAGUGCCCCACCUGCGAGAAGUCCUACACGUCCAAGUACAACCUGGUCACCCACAUCCUGGGCCACAGCGGCAUCAAGCCGCACGCGUGCACCCGCUGCGGGAAGCUCUUCAAGCAGCUCAGCCACCUGCACACGCACAUGCUCACGCACCAGGGCACGCGGCCGCACAAGUGCCAGGUGUGCCACAAGGCCUUCACCCAGACCAGCCACCUGAAGCGCCACAUGAUGCAGCACAGCGAGGUGAAGCCGCACAACUGCCGCGUGUGCGGCCGCGGCUUCGCCUACCCCAGCGAGCUCAAGGCGCACGAGGCCAAGCACGCCAACGGGCGGGAGAACAUCUGCGUGGAGUGCGGCCUCGACUUCCCCACCCUGGCGCAGCUGAAGCGGCACCUCACCACGCACCGCGGGCCCGUCCAGUACAACUGCUCCGAGUGCGACAAGACCUUCCAGUACCCGAGCCAGCUGCAGAACCACAUGAUGAAGCACAAGGACAUCCGGCCCUACAUCUGCUCCGAGUGCGGCAUGGAGUUCGUGCAGCCGCACCACCUCAAGCAGCACUCGCUCACCCACAAGGGUGUGAAGGAGCACAAAUGUGGGAUUUGCGGACGGGAGUUCACUCUGUUGGCCAACAUGAAGAGACACGUGCUGAUCCACACCAACAUCCGCGCCUACCAGUGUCACCUCUGCUACAAGAGUUUUGUGCAGAAACAGACCCUCAAGGCACACAUGAUCGUCCACUCUGACGUGAAGCCUUUCAAAUGCAAGCUGUGCGGGAAGGAAUUCAACCGGAUGCACAACCUUAUGGGCCACAUGCAUCUGCACUCUGACAGCAAACCCUUCAAGUGCCUCUACUGCCCCAGCAAAUUCACCCUGAAGGGGAACCUGACACGCCACAUGAAAGUCAAGCAUGGUGUCAUGGAGCGGGGCCUCCAUUCUCAAGGUUUUGGAAGGGGGAGAAUCGCCCUGGCGCAGGCGGGGGUCCUGAGGAGCCUGGAGCAGGAGGAGCCCUUCGACCUGUCCCAGAAGCGCCGGGCCUUCCAGUCUGACGGGGAUAGCGCCAGGGGCAGCUCCAGCCAUGAAGAGGAGGAUGAGGACCACUGCUGCGAGGUGGAGCCGGACAGCCCGGGCCCGGCCCCGGCCCCGCGGAGCAGGCCGCUCUGCGUGCCCCAGGAUCUCUCCACCAAGCCCGAGACGGCCCCCCGGUUGCCCCAGGAAGCCUGCGAGGAAGAAGAGAAGGAGGAGGAGGAGGAGGAAGAAGAGGAGGAGGAGGAGGCCGUGCAGAAGGAAGGACGCCAGGAGAAGAGCAAGGACAGCCUCGGGGCAGAGGGCGGCCGGGAGAGAGAUGGCGCUGGCAGAGAGGAGUGUCCCAGCCUCAGGGCGCUGCAGAGCGCGCGGCGGGGGGCCUCCUUUUCUGAUUACUUGUACUUCAAGCACAGAGAUGAGAGUUUAAAAGAAUUACUGGAGAGGAAAAUGGAAAAACAAGCAGUGCUUUUAGGUAUCUAA